AAAUUUAACAAGUCUGAAAUCGUUUACUGCCGAGGCUGUUGCCCUUACAAAGGCCAUCCGACAAAGCCACAUAUUAUCUGCGUGGGUAAAGGAAAAAAAAACGAAUUAAAAAUAAGUUGCAGUCUUAAACUCCCAGUGCCUACCAGAUGGGGAUCAUUAGUUCUUUGUCUACAAUCAUUGCUUGCUAACAAACAAAUAAUAAAAAGGAUGGCUAUCAAUGAAGAAGUUGAAAAGACAGUAAGCAAACACCCAUCUUUAAAAAAAAUGCUCUAAGCGAUAUAUUUUGGGACCGGGUACAAGGAUACAUUAUGCUUCUGGAACCAAUUGCUAACACAAUUACCUCUGUAGAAGGUGACACACCAACGAUUUCAAAAUGUCUGCAUUUAUUUAAAAAAAUGGUUAACACCUCAUUAGAAAAUGUCACUAAAAGUCCAUUGUUAUCCAAAGAGGAAGCAGAUACAAGGGCAAUUUUUGAAAAUCGGAAGAAGUUUGCUAUUUAUAGUGUUCAUUUUGUAGCUAACCUUUUGGAUCCAAAAUAUCGUGGCUGCGAACUUAGCUCAGAUGAGAUGACUGAUGCGACAGAAGUCAUAUACAAGGUAGCACAGAAGAUGCCAGAUGUCGAUGAAGCAGCCGUCUUAGCUGACGUUGUCAAUUUUAUUGCAAAAGAAGGACUAUUCAAAAAGGCUUUUCUAUGGAAUGAGGACACAAUUGCAGCUAUCCUAGCUUCACAGUCAAUCCUGCAUUAGAAUCUGAACCGGAACCAAUGAUAAUAUCCAAUUCAGAUCAGUCGGAGUCUGUCUUUGAAAGUGAUGAAGAGGAAGCUUCAGAGUCUGAAGAAAAUGCAGAUAGCGACGGGACGGAUCAGUGUUCAUUUAAGGGAUUCGGUUAAUUAAUUGAACCUUUUCAAUCAUUAAGACGUUGUUUUUUUUAUUUGAUAAAUUUUUAUUACUUAUUUUUGCUUUGAUUUUGCA